GCAUCAUGAUAUCAAACAAACUCGGUUUUGGAGCCAAUCAACAAUUUUCAGAUCCCUUUUUUAGUAUUUGUUUGGAUCUAGGAAAAAUUAUUGUUUUACAACAAUCGGUUCGUUGUUUGGAUCACUUCCUAGGCUUUACACAAAUCUUGCAUUACUUAGGCUAAACUCUCUUGAACCACUAUAUAAAUAAUAUAUACACACAUAUAUAAAUGUAAUUCUGAUAAAUGCAUGUUUCAAUUUUAUUAUUAUGUGUUAUCUUAUGUUGAUUCAGCUAAGAUUAUUUAUUAUCUUCAUUGUAAGAACUAAGGGAUGCAAAAGGCUAAUAUUGUAAAUAUAAAAUUAUGACUCCAUGUGUAGUUAUGUGUUGAGAUUUAGACAUAAUAACUAACUAAAAUUAUUAUUAUGGCUUCAUUAUGUGGUACAUGUUCAAGAAACAACUAGGAAAACUCACAGUAAUGAAGCCACAAAGUCAAAAAAUAUAGAGCCAAGUUUACCUAAAAACGCUUUAUGUUCAUUAACACCAUGCCAUUGUUCUUGUAGAUCCUAUUUCAAAGUUAAGAAAAAAAUAAACAGAAAUUUCUUGCUUUAUGAGAUUAAACUUUUAAAAAAAUCAUGUUAAGUUGCAAAGAAAGUGAUUAGUGUACGCGUGAACCAUUUUGUUCAUUAAAUUUAGGUUGUGAGGAGUAAAUAUUUGCUUUUGUUCCUCCUCAUUCUAAUAUUCAUCAUCCAGUAUUUCAUCUGAGGAUUCACUUUAUUUUUCUGUUGCCUAGUGUAUGAUUGAUUUCUGAAAUUUGCAGAGCUGCAGCCAAUCUCUUUGUACUUUGGUUCUCAGUUGUUUUAUAGAAACAGCGCCAUUAAAUAGAAUGUAAUGUAUUGUUUUUUCCUGAUCUCAGUAUGCUUGGAAAUGACAAUUUGUAUUACUGUCUAUAUAUGAUCACAAUUGACCUUCGAUUCUCACAUCUUGAUUUGUUGUGGAGAAGGAGAGUAAUAUAGGAUUGCAAGCAAAGAUAAAUGCUAAGGAAUGGUAAAUGCAGAGGAAACGCAAUCCUUCUAUGAACUGAACAACCAAUCAUAACAGGUUAUGUCAUCAUGAGUUCAUUGUCUGGCUGGAAAGCUGGAACUAAAUUGCUCAGAAUAAAUUUCAAGUCAACUGGACAAUAUUUCCGCUUCUUCUCUACUGGGCAUGCACAUUCUUCGCCAUCUCUGAAAGUAAAUCACCAAGAAUUGAUCGAGGUAAAAGGCGAUGCUUUGUAUGAUGUUAGGAAAGGGAAUCAUGUUGGUCCCUACCUGAGUUUAAGUGACUGUCAAUCUCAAGUUAGCUCCUUGAUAAGUGAUCCUCCUGUUAUUGGAUACCAAGGUUAUUCACUUGAGAAAGAAGCAGAGACAUAUUUUGCUUCCUGUGGAUUAAAGAAUGCUCUAUAUUUAUUGAAUGCAAAGGAUUUAAAAGAGGAUCUCUUUGGAAUCCUAGUUCCUUGUCCUUUUCAGGAACCUACUGUAGCUAGUCCUAUCGCAGAUUUGCCUGAAAAGAUUAGUGUUACCACAGAUGAACCAGUGAAGGAACAUCUCAAAUUGGAGUAUUCCAGCCAACAAAAACAACCAUCUGAUAAUUCUAUGUCAUGUACUCUUGAAUUUGAUGGGGCCCCAGCAGGAAAAGCUAGUAAAGGUGGUGCUGGUGUAAUCCUUCGAACUGAAGAUGGAAGUGUGAUUUCUCGACUCCGUGAAGGCUUGGGUGCUGUGACCAAUGACACUGCUGACUACAGGGCAUUAAUUUUAGGCCUGAGGCAUGCUCUUAAAAAAGGAUUUAAGCAAAUUCAUGUCCUAGGUGACUCUCAGCUUGUCUGUAUGCAGGUGCAAGGUUUGUCUAAAGCCAAGAACAAGAAUCUUGUUGACUUGUGUGAGGAAGCCAAAGCACUCAAGGAGAUGUUUGUAUCAUUUAGUAUAAGCCACAUUAAAAAGAUGAUAUGUCGUAGAACGAGAAAAAGAAGUGAAACGUUCUACUUUCAACUGUUGAAGAUGAAGAUGGGACAAUUAUGCUGCUGCUGUGGCUGCCUUCGGUUUAGUCACACUCUUCUCUUCUCUUUCUCUUUGAGUAUUAAUGUAAUUUGGCCUAUGGGUUGGUCCGACGCCGAGAAGGUAAACUAGUAUUCUCUUUCUCUUCUCUUGCCUCCUUCCUCUUGCUUUUACGGAGGGUCUUAAUCUUUCUAUCAGGUGGACUUCACCACUUUAACAUUACUGCCUCACUAUUUGGAUGCUGUUAGUUCUGUAAGUUUUGAGGUAAAAUGGAAAUACACUCAUUUUGUGUC